AUGAAGACAAUCCCAAUCCAACCUUUUCUCCUCCCCCUCCUUUUAUUCAUCUCCCUCUCCUUUUUGGAAGCCGGAGCACAGAGCGAAGCACAAGCUCUUCUCAAAUGGAAGUCCUGCUUGUUUCAACCAGAUGCUCUGAGCUCAUGGUCCCUUGCCAAAUCUACCACCCCAUGCGGAUGGUUUGGUGUCGACUGCAGCAACUCCGCAGGCAGCAUCGUGCAGCUGAGCUUACCCAAUGCCAACCUCAACGGCACCCUCCAUGAAUUAAACUUUGCUUCUCUGCCCAGCCUCACCAAGCUCAACCUCACUACCAACUUCCUCUACGGCUCCAUUCCUUCAAACAUCUCUGCUCUUUCCAACCUUACCUCGUUAGAUCUCAGCACCAACAACUUCAAUGCAUCCAUUCCAUCAGAGAUUGGGAGGCUGGCUGACUUGCAGCAAUUGGAUCUAUCGGAAAAUUCACUUAGUGGUCCAAUCCCUCUAGAGAUUGGAAACAUGACGGCACUGACUGACCUUGACCUCAGCUCCAACCAAUUGGAGGGCGAGCUGUCAGACACUAUUGCUCAGCUUCCAAAUCUUGAGUUCAUUUCGGUCUCGUACAACAACCUCAGAGGUCGCAUCCCACCUCAACUGGGGAAUUUGAGUCUCUUAUACCAGCUCAAUCUGAGUAGUAAUCAGUUGUCAGGGUUGAUUCCUUCAGAGUUAGGUGAUGCUUCCAAGCUUAAUUAUCUUGAUCUCUCAGCAAACAAACUCACCGGUCCAAUACCAACCAAGCUUGGUAAUCUGACAGACCUUUAUUUGUUGGAUUUAAGCAGAAAUGACCUGUCUGGAGAGAUGCCAUAUCAGCUUGGUAAUUUGGUGGAUCUUCAACUCCUGUUAGAUUUGAGUAGCAAUUCCCUCUGUGGACCAAUUCCUCAGACAAUAAUGGGACUUGCAUCCCUCCGUUCCUUGAAUUUGGCAAACAACAAUUUUUCUGGGAUGAUUCCGACAUCAAUACAUUCUAUGAUUGGUCUGGUAUAUCUGAAUUUGGCAAACAACAAAUUUUCUGGGAUGAUUCCGAGCUCUAUAGGUUCUUUGUCUUCGCUCCAAUCACUGCACUUGAACAACAAUAGUUUUAUUGGAGAAAUACCUUCCUCAUUGAAGAAUUGCACGCAGUUGGUCGUUUUAGACCUCGGGGGGAACAAAAUUCAUGGAAAUAUUCCAAGUUGGAUAGGAGAGAGACUUUCAUCAUUGAUGAUCCUCCGUCUAAGUUCGAAUAUGUUAAAUGGUAGCAUUCCUCCCCAUCUAUCACAUCUAUCUUCGCUUCAGCUCUUAGACCUUGCACAUAAUAAUAUCUCAGAAAGUAUCCCGCAGGGUUUGGGUAAUCUUACCGCGAUGGUAGAUGGCACUCUAGAAAAAAGAAAAAAAAAGAAGCACGAUUCCCACCUUGUCUCCCAUUACUUCUGUAGAUCCAGUUCCUCCUACCGUGCCUCCCCUUACUCCCGUGGAUCUAGUUCCUCCUGCCGUGCCUCCCCUUACUCCUGUAGAUCCAGUUCCUCCGACAGUGCCUCCCUUUACCACCCCCUUAAAUAUAUUUCCUACCCCAGUAUCUCUGGUGACUCUUGUGGAUCCAUUUCCUACCCCCGUGCCUCCCCUUACUCCCGUAGAUCAUUUUACUACAGUGAUAGCGUUUCCAUAAUUUGGAAAGGCAGAGAGGCUGUUUUUCAAAGAACGCUUUCACUAAUGGUGGGAAUCGACCUUUCAGGCAAUUAUCUCUCUCAUGAGAUCCCUACAGAGCUAACAAAUCUUUCGGGCCUACUUUUUCUGAAUCUCUCAAGCAAUCUUUUGUAUGGAAGUAUUCCAAAGUUGAUCGGUAACUUGAAAAAUCUAGAAGCUCUUGACUUGUCCAGGAAUCACUUAUCAAGCACAAUUCCUCAAAGCAUCUCUUCUCUAACAUUCUUGGAUUUCUUGAACUUAUCAAACAACCACUUGUCGGGACGGAUACCAUCCGGUGAUCAACUACAAACACUUGAUGAUCCAUCAAUCUAUAGUGGCAAUGAUGAACUUUGUGGAUUUCCACUGACCAAAAACUGUUCGAGUGACCAAGCAUCCGUUGUUCAAUCGUCAACGCAUGAAGAUGGUGAUGAAAAAAUAUGGCUGUAUCUUAGCAUGGGACCAGGAUUUGUGGUGGGAUUUUGGGGGUUCUUUGGUAUUUUAUUCUUUAAGAGAUCCUUGAGGCUUGCCUAUUUCCGAUACAUUGAUAAUAUAUAUGAUCGGUUCUCUAGGAUACGAAUGAGGAGCAUCUAA